AGCCGAUUCAUGAAUACUCUCACUGCACAUGCAUCCUCUCCUCUCUCUUCAUAAACACAGCUUCAUAGACCCUUUCUCAAACCUAACUUGCACUACCAACCACUAGCCAGCAAGAGUUUCACGGGUGUAACAUAAUGGCGGGAGUGAGGGAGCAGGACCAGUAUAUGCCGAUAGCAAACGUGAUAAGGAUCAUGCGGAGGAUUCUACCGGCGCACGCGAAGAUCUCGGACGACGCGAAGGAGACAAUCCAGGAGUGCGUGUCGGAGUACAUAAGCUUCAUCACGGCAGAGGCGAAUGAGCGAUGCCAGCGCGAGCAGCGAAAGACGGUGACUGCAGAGGACGUGCUGUGGGCGAUGGAGAAGCUCGGCUUCGACAACUACGCCCACCCUCUCUCUCUUUACCUUCACCGCUAUCGCAAGACCGAAGGCGAACCCGCUUCCGCCAGACGUGCUUCUGCAUCUGCAUCCCCAUCGAUGCAGAUGCACCCACGCACACACCCACACUCACAUCCACCUAAUUAUUCUCAUCAUGGCUUCGGAAUGUUUGACUUUGACCCAUCAUCGCAAGGGUUUUACAGGGAUGAUGCAUCUAGUUCUGGCUCUGGUGGAUUUGUUGCCAGUUUUGAUCCUUAUGCUAACAUCAAACGUGAUCCCCUGUGAACAACUCUUAUAUGUCAGAACAAGUGCAUGCAUACAUGUUUCACUUGGUUAGUUAAUUAGUUAUAUUCAAGCGCAUGCAGAUGUAGGUGUGCAACUUUUUUAUUAGCUUAAUUUAUUUACAAGUCUUUAUUUACUCUAUGCUUGUUAUGCUUUAUUUAGAGACAAUACUACUUAUUAUUCAUUUUUAUGCUCAA